AGCGAACCACUCAGUUCAGAUCAGCGUCAAUGGAUCAUCAUCAUCAUCAUCGUCAUCAUUAUCAUCAUCAUCAUCUCCAUUCUUCAUCAGCUUUCUUCAUUCUUUCAUCGAUUCAUCGCUUGCGUCCCAUGGAAUUCUGAUUCUGAUUCUGAUUCUGACUGAUUGAUUGACUGACUGUGGGUGUGGGUCUUUCCGUGUCUUCUGCUUGUUCUUGUUCUUCCUAUGAUGGGGCUGAUCCGUUCAGCCUGGAGAUGCAGGCCCGCAUCCGGUUGGGCAUCAUCAGCCAGGUCGCCCAUGGACCCCUCGGUCUUGUAAUCUUAUCCCCGGAUCGACAAAGUAUUAAGGACCCUCUCCUACAUACUACUACUACUACUACUAUUCUAAGGACCUAGAAUAUCAUACGUACAUUGUUGUCUAAGGCACGUCACCCCACCUUCCAGAAAUCUCAUAUUCGAUCGACCUGAUACUACAACCGUGUACCCACCCUCCCGACCAUGACUCACAGUCCUCAUAUGGGUGGGCACGGUCUGCCCAAUGGACCGCCUCCUCCCAGGAUCCAAGGGAAAAAGCACCGACACAACGACGAUGAGCAGGGCAAACUCUUUGUCGGUGGACUCAGCUGGGAUACCACUCAAGACACGCUCUUGUCCUACUUUGGGCGUUUUGGCGAGGUCAUUGAUUGCGUGGUCAUGAAGAACACGGAGACGGGACGCUCCCGCGGCUUUGGAUUUGUGACCUUUGCGGAUCCCACCAAUAUUGACGCCGUUCUGGCCAGUGUGCCGCAUUCGCUGGACGGUCGCACCAUUGACCCCAAGGCUUGCAAUCCGCGGAGUAUGCAGAAACCAAAGAAGUCCAAUGUGGCUCAAUACUACCCCAAGGUGUUUUUGGGCGGGUUACCCCCCAACAUCACGGAGACCGAGAUCCAAAGUUUCUUCAUGCGUUAUGGGAAUGUGAUCGAAGUGGUGAUUAUGUACGACCAAGAGAAGAAGAAGAGCCGCGGGUUCGGGUUCUUGAGCUUUGCCGACGAAGCCGCUUGCAGCAAAGCCGUGGCCGACCACUACGUCAUGAUCCAGAACAAGCAGGUCGAGGUCAAACGAGCCGAGCCACGGACCAACCAAGGGGGUCACGACGACAUGGAUGGAGGCGGGCACAAAAUGCCGGCCAUGGAUCAAUGGGGCAUGGCCCAGCCCAUUAGUCCCACACCCAAUGGCCAUGGGCCAGGGGGUAUUCAGCCUCCCAAUUAUGCUGGGUGGGGGCCGCCGCCCGUGGGUGCACCCCAUCCGGCCCCCCCUUCGACGGCCUACCCCGCUCAAUAUGCUAGCCCGCAUCCAAGUCAGCAUCGACCUCAGCACCCCCAGGCUCAUCAACCGCCUCAUCCCCCACAAUGGGGUGGUCCCAAGCCCCAACCGCCACCCCAACAGCCCGGCGCGCCCCCGCCUCAUUGGGGAGCGGCUCCGGCCCAAUAUGGGCAGCCACCCGCCGUCUCGGCGCCCGCCUCACACGUGCCACAUCACCCCCACUACCAGCCUCGGGGUCCGCCGGCGGCGGUGGGUCCGCCCCCCACUCCCCCGCAAACCGUGACCACCUACUGGCCGGGACCACCCACGGCCAAUGCCCGGCCACCCCCCAUGGGACCGCCUCACCUACAUCCGGAUCCGUACGGUCACAAUCCGCCGUCGGCCGUGCCUGAGUAUCAUCCCGCCCCGUUUCAAUCUCGACCUCAGACUCAGCCCAACGCCGUGGGGCCCCCGCCCUCCGCCUACCCAACGGCUUAUCAAUACGCCCUCAAGCCCGCCCACCCCAGUGCUCAAGCACCGCCGCCCGGUCCGGGCUACCCGAGCUCCACGGUGCACGAGUUUUACCCGCAUGCACCCAGCCCGAGUGGGUCGUACACGCAGCCGGAUUUGAGCGGUAGUCUGGGGCCGCAACGAGGCGGGGCCAUUUACGCGGCCCAACCCUCGCCGUACCAUCCGUAUCGGCGAAACGUUUGAGUACGUCCCUGGCCCGCCGUGCGUUAGGUCAUUGGUCCCGAUGUAUGCCGUGAAUUAGUCAAUCUUCUCGCCCCGCCCCUUUUUACUCAUUUGAUAAACAUGAACUUGUGAGUAUGUACAAAUUGUACAUAAUAAAGACCAAUUGGACCCGUGGAAA